UGUCAGACCAGCAGUCCUGAAUUGGAGGGUGCCGCACUUUUAGGUGAGGGAGGUGGACCAAGGGUGAAAACUGCAGAGAACAAUCGAGAAGUAGAAGAUCGCGGAUAGGCUCGGUUAGAAGGCCAAUCCCCUGUCUGUCCACCAAGGAUGGAGAACUCACACGCAAAGACUCCGGCAGAAUGCCUGGCUUACUUUGGGGUGAACGAGAUCACCGGUCUCACUCCAGACCAGUUCAAGAAGAACCUGGAGAAAUAUGGCCACAACGAGCUGCCAGCUGAGGAGGGUAAGAGCAUCUGGGAGCUGGUCGUUGAGCAGUUUGAGGACCUGCUCGUCAGGAUCCUGCUGCUGGCUGCCUGCAUCUCUUUUGUGCUGGCCUGGUUCGAGGAAGGCGAGGAGACCGUCACCGCCUUCGUGGAGCCCUUCGUCAUCCUCCUUAUCCUCAUCGCUAACGCUGUUGUUGGAGUGUGGCAGGAGAGGAAUGCUGAGAGCGCCAUCGAGGCUCUGAAGGAGUACGAGCCUGAGAUGGGCAAGGUUUACCGUUCUGACAGGAAGAGUGUGCAGAUGAUCAAGGCCAGAGAAAUUGUCCCUGGAGACAUUGUGGAGGUGUCCGUUGGUGACAAAGUCCCCGCUGACAUCAGGCUUGUAUCCAUCAAGUCCACCACUCUGCGUGUUGACCAGUCCAUCCUCACUGGUGAGUCCGUCAGUGUGAUCAAACACACGGAGUCUGUGCCCGACCUCAGAGCUGUCAACCAGGACAAGAAGAACAUGCUUUUCUCUGGCACCAACAUCGCUGCCGGUAAGGCCAUCGGCGUGGCUGUGGCCACCGGAGUCUCCACUGAGAUCGGCAAGAUCCGCGACCAGAUGGCCGCCACCGAGCAGGAGAAGACUCCUCUGCAGGCCAAGCUGGACGAGUUCGGCGAGCAGCUGUCCAAGGUCAUCUCCCUGAUCUGCGUUGCUGUCUGGGCCAUCAACAUCGGCCACUUCAACGACCCCGUCCACGGAGGCUCAUGGAUCCGUGGUGCCGUCUACUACUUUAAGAUCGCUGUGGCUCUGGCUGUGGCUGCCAUCCCCGAGGGUCUGCCCGCUGUCAUCACCACCUGCUUGGCCCUGGGUACCCGCCGUAUGGCCAAGAAGAACGCCAUUGUCAGAAGCCUGCCCUCUGUGGAGACCCUGGGCUGCACCUCCGUCAUCUGCUCAGACAAAACUGGCACCCUCACCACCAACCAGAUGUGUGUGACCAAGAUGUUCGUUAUCAAGGGCGUAGACAGCGAUCACGUUGACCUGGACGCCUUCGAUAUCUCUGGCUCCAAGUACACCCCCGAGGGCGAGGUUUCUCAGGGUGGUGCCAAGACCAACUGCAGCGCAUACGAUGGCCUCGUGGAGCUGGCUACCAUCUGCGCCCUGUGCAACGACUCCUCUCUGGACUACAACGAGUCUAAGAAGAUCUAUGAGAAGGUUGGUGAGGCUACUGAGACCGCUCUGUGCUGCCUGGUCGAGAAGAUGAACGUGUUCAACAGCAACGUGAAGAACCUGUCCAGGAUUGAGAGAGCCAACGCCUGCUGCUCAGUCAUCAAACACCUCAUGAAGAAGAACUUCACUCUGGAAUUCUCCCGCGACAGGAAGUCCAUGUCCGUGUACUGCACCCCCGGUAAAGGUGAGGGUGGCGCCAAGAUGUUCGUGAAGGGCGCCCCUGAGGGCGUGAUUGACAGGUGCACAUACGUGCGCGUGGGCACCACCCGCGUCCCCCUGACCAACGCCAUCAAGGAGAAGAUCUUGUCUGUGAUCAGGGACUGGGGUACCGGUCGCGACACCCUGCGUUGCCUGGCCCUGGCCACCAAUGACAACCCACUGAGGCCAGAGGAGAUGGUCCUUGAGGACUCAACCAAGUUCGCUGAUUACGAGACUGAUCUGACCUUUGUGGGCUGUGUGGGUAUGCUGGACCCCCCUCGUAAGGAAGUCUCUAGCUCUAUUGAGCUGUGCAGAGAUGCUGGAAUCCGUGUCAUUAUGAUCACUGGUGACAACAAGGGAACUGCUAUCGCUAUCUGCCGCCGCAUCGGCAUCUUCACUGAGGAAGAGGAUGUUUCCGGCAAGGCCUACACCGGACGUGAGUUUGACGACCUGCCCCUCCAUGAACAGGCCGAGGCCGUGCGCAGGGCCUGCUGCUUUGCCCGUGUGGAGCCAGCUCACAAGUCCAAGAUUGUGGAGUUUCUUCAGGGCUUUGAUGACAUUACUGCUAUGACUGGUGAUGGUGUGAACGAUGCCCCUGCCCUGAAGAAGGCCGAGAUCGGCAUCGCCAUGGGCUCUGGCACUGCCGUUGCCAAGUCUGCCUCUGAGAUGGUCCUGGCUGACGACAACUUCUCUUCCAUUGUGGCUGCUGUUGAGGAGGGCAGAGCUAUCUACAACAACAUGAAGCAGUUCAUCCGCUACCUCAUCUCCUCCAACGUGGGUGAGGUCGUCUGUAUCUUCCUGACUGCUGCCCUGGGUCUGCCCGAGGCUCUGAUCCCCGUCCAGCUGCUGUGGGUCAACCUGGUGACUGACGGUCUGCCCGCCACCGCCCUGGGCUUCAACCCCCCCGACCUGGACAUCAUGGGCAAGCCCCCACGUUCCCCCAAGGAGCCCCUGAUCUCUGGCUGGCUGUUCUUCAGAUACAUGGCCAUCGGUGGAUACGUUGGUGCCGCCACUGUUGGUGGUGCUGUCUGGUGGUUCCUGUACGACCAGACUGGUCCCAAAAUCACCUACUACCAGCUGUCCCACUUCAUGCAGUGCCACGAUGAGAACGAGGACUUUGUCGGCCUGGACUGUGAGGUCUUUGAGGCUUGUCCCCCCAUGACCAUGGCCCUGUCUGUGCUGGUCACCAUUGAGAUGUGCAAUGCCCUCAACAGCUUGUCUGAGAACCAGUCUCUGAUCCGCAUGCCCCCAUGGAGCAACUUCUGGCUGCUGUCCGCCAUGACCCUCUCCAUGUCCCUGCACUUCAUGAUCAUCUAUGUUGACCCUCUGCCCAUGAUCUUCAAGUUGACCCAUCUGAACACCGAGCAGUGGCUGAUGGUGCUGAAGCUCUCCUUCCCCGUCAUCCUCAUUGAUGAGGUGCUGAAGUUCGUGGCCCGCAACUACGUUGAGACGGGCUGCAGAAUUUAGGGUGUAGAAGAUGAAGAGGAUCUUAAGGGUCGGAGAGAGAGAGGGAGGCGGCGAGAGAGAGAGAGAGAGAGAGAGAGAGAGAGAGAUCACAGCCGAAGAGAGGAGCCAACCAAAUAGAAGAAAGAGGAGUAAACACGGGAAAACGUGUUAAAAAAACUAUAAAAAACCUCAACAUAAAAAUAGCCUCUAUAUAAGAAAAAGAAGAGUUAAUUUCAAAAAGGUGGUACACGACUAUCCAGACUGAUAAAAGAUAUUUAAGAUUUUAUUCUAAGAAAUAAAGUAUGUAUUAAAAAUGACUUUUUGUUUUUGUUAAACUUGGAUAUUGUUCAGCUGUUGUGUUUUUUUCUGUGUCCUCUGUCCAUUUUCUUAUCAUUGAUUUUCCAGCUGAUUACUGUUAUUCUAGUCUCUGUCGCUCGUGUGUCUCGUGCAGCCUCCGUGCUUUAGGCUGGACUCUGUACAGCGUGGUGUAGGCUCACACAAUGACUUCAGACAAAAAAAGAAAAAGAGAAGAAGAAGCCACAUGCCUCCAGCUGCCAGCGCUCUCUAGAGGCUUCAUGCAGUCAGUGAAUGGACGCUUGGGGGGUCUCGUGACAUUAAAUGGGCAUGUCCACUCAGUCACAACACUUUUGGUCUUAUAUAUUGUUUACGCGAUAAGUUGCAAAUAAAGUGAUGAUUACAAACUCGUGCA